AUGGUGUGGAGUCGGACCCCCAAGUCUAACUUCGCCAACUCAUGAGCUCUCAUGCUCCCCAUUCUCAUAAUCCAUUGACAGCCAUUGGCUUUUCAAUAGGCUUUGUUGGUAUUGUUGGCCUAGUAAUCUCGUUGAUAGCGCUCAUCCCUUUGAAUGCCUACAAUAUUGCUUUAGCUGUUCAGACUUUAGCACAACUGCAGAAAGCCUAUGGCCGUGGCUCGAUAUUGAUACCAGGGCCUUAUCAGCCUGUGCAGGUGUUCUUGUUUGGCACAAUAGUCUUCUCAGUCAUCGCCAUCAUGCUUCUAUUAGCCACUUGUUGGAGAAAUGCCAGCGCACGAAGCCGACCGCAGCGAAGUCGCCGUGGCAGGCGAGUGGGUCGCGAACGACGAGGCUCAAAAGCAUCCUCUAUCGCUGAGUCGAUACACUCUGUUCAAAGUGAACAGUCGUCAUCAUCUCAAAGUACUUUCCUCCAAAAUCCUUCAAGUAGCUGGAUUAGCCGAUUUUCUACCAUGACUUUCAUACUUCAAUUCUGUUGGGCCAUAUUUGGAUCGCAUACACUUUUCUUCACCGUUUACGAAGAAGCUCCUCUACCAGAAGCUAUCAUGAAGGCUGCCACUACUUGCUUACUUAUUCUCUGGACAAAUUAUGCCAUCAUGAUUUGCUUUUCUAUCAUCUUUUGCUUUGCGGCUUGCUGCGUAUUGAUAGGCGGUAUUUCAUCCACUUACGAUGAAGAAGAUGAAUUAGAAAACCAGCAAGUCAGUGAAAGAUCCCCCUUGCUCGCAUCCAAUACCAUGACAUGAUUUCUUGCUUCAUGCAUUCCCACAUCUGUUUAUCACAGUGUGUUUC